CCAACUGAGCCGGGAUUCUACAUAAUAAACCUGAAGUUCGCUGACCAUCACGUGCCGGGCAGUCCGUUCACUGUGAAGGUGACGGGCGAGGGCUCUAACAUACAGCGCGAGAAUAUCAAGAAGGAAAGGGAUGCCAUGCCUGUCACCGAUGUGGGCUCUGAAUGCAAACUGACGUUUAAGAUCCCGGGCACCUCUGCUUUCGAUAUGGCCGCCAAAGUGGGCUCACCCUCCGGGGAGGUGGAGGACGCCUCCAUCACCGAUAUGGAUGACUGUCUCUAUGCCGUCCACUUUGUGCCCAAAGAGGUGGGCGUUCACACAGUGAGCGUACGCUAUAAGGACAUACACAUACCGGGGUCGCCCUUCCAGUUCACGGUGGGCCCCCUCAACGACUACGGCUCUCAUAGGGUGCACGCGGGCGGACCCGGUCUCGAACGAGGCUCUGUUAAUACUCCGGCUGAAUUCAACGUGUGGACCCGUGAGGCGGGUGCGGGCAACCUAUCCAUCUCAGUGGAGGGCCCCUCCAAAGCAGACAUAGACUUCAAGGACCGCAAAGACGGCUCGUGUUAUGUACUCUAUAAGGUGUCCGAACCGGGAGAGUAUAGAAUCGGCAUUAAGUUCAACGACCAACACAUACCCGACAGUCCCUAUAAGGUGUAUGUAAUGCCUGCGGCUGCCGACGCCCGGCGCAUAGAGUUGGGCGCCAUUCCCCCGGAGCACAUGCUUCAGGUGAACAAACCGGUCACUUUCACGGUGAACCUGAACGGCGCUCGGGGACAGUUAGACGGCAAAGUGGUCUCCCCGUCCGGUGGCGAAGACGACUGCUUUCUCAUGAAUAUAGACGACGACCAGUGGUCGCUCAGGUUUAUGCCCCGAGAGAACGGUAUUCACCGCAUACACGUGCGGUUCAAUGGCGUCCAUAUACCGGAGUCUCCCUUUCCCAUGCGUAUUGGUAAGGACGAGGCGGCCCCGGAGGCGGUGCAGGUGCACGGGAAUGGGCUGAAGGAGGCGCGUACAGGCGUCAAGACGGACUUCAUUAUCGACACGUGCUCUGCCGGCGCCGGUAGUCUAGCGGUCACUAUAGACGGCCCGUCGAAGGUCUCGAUGGACUGCACGGAAGUGGAGGAGGGAUACAAAGUGAGGUACACCCCAUUGGCUCAGGGAGAGUACUUCAUUACGGUUAAGUUCAAUGGGUAUCACGUGGUGGGCAGUCCCUUCAAGGUUAGGUGUAUGGGGACCCGUAGUAUCGCCGACAUAUCGGACGUGGAGACGGCGUCAGUAGUGGUCGAAACGGUUACCAAACAGUCGAAUAAGAGGUUAGAAAUGCCUAAAUUCCGUUCAGACGCCUCCAAAGUGGACGCCAAGGGGUUGGGCCUCAAGAAGGCGGUCCUCAACCGGACCAACAACUUCACUGUCAACUGUAUCAGCGCCGGCAAUAAUAUGCUGUUUGUGGCCCUCUAUGGUCCCAAAGGACCCGUAGAUGACGUGUCUGUGAAGCACCAGGGUCGCAACAUGUAUAACGUGACCUACCAGUGCCGUGAGAAAGGAGAUUAUGUGAUGGUUAUCAAGUGGGGCGACGAUCACAUACCGGGCAGUCCUUUCCAUUUGGAGUGCUAUUCGUAA